AAAGCAAACAGCGCCGUGUUUGCCCAGCGCGCCGGCCCGCGCCAAAGCCCCGCUAUAAGUGCGCGGCGGGCGCGCUGCCGGGCACAGCCGCAGGGAAAGAUGCCGCGGUGCGACACGGGCUCCGCGCCGCGGGACGGCGCCUGGGGACAGGUGAGCUCCGCUGCGGCCAGCGGGGCGUACCCGAAGCGAGUGAAGGUGGUGGAGGUGGGACCCCGCGACGGGCUCCAGAACGAGAAGAAUGUUGUGCCCACCCCAGUGAAGAUCAGUUUAAUCAACAUGCUGUCAGAGACGGGGCUGCAGGUCAUAGAGGCCACCAGCUUCGUGUCCCCCAAGUGGGUCCCUCAGAUGGCUGAUCACACCGAGGUCAUGCAGGGCAUCAAUAAAUUACCUGGGAUCAGUUACCCUGUGCUGACCCCAAACCUGAAGGGAUUCCAGGCAGCGGUGGCAGCAGGGGCCAAAGAGGUGUCGAUCUUUGGGGCAGCAUCCGAGCAGUUCACCAAGAAAAACAUCAACUGCUCCAUCGAGGAGAGCCUGGAGAGGUUUGAGGAGGUGAUGAGGGCAGCAAGGGAAGCCAGCAUUCCUGUCAGGGGAUACGUUUCCUGUGUCCUUGGCUGUCCCUAUGAAGGGAAGAUUUCUGCAGCUAAAGUUGCAGAGGUCUCCAAGAAGAUGUACUCCAUGGGGUGCUACGAGAUCUCGCUGGGGGACACCAUCGGCGUGGGCACCCCCGGCAGCAUGAGGGAGAUGCUGGCAGCGGUGCUGAAGGAGGUGCCCGUGGGGGCUCUGGCCGUGCACUGCCACGACACCUACGGACAGGCCCUGGCCAACAUCCUGGUGGCCCUCCAGAUGGGGGUGAGCGUGGUGGACGCGUCGGUGGCCGGCCUCGGGGGGUGUCCCUACGCCCGGGGAGCCUCUGGGAACGUGGCCACGGAGGAUUUGGUGUACAUGCUCAACGGGCUGGGCAUCCACACGGGAGUGGAUCUGCAGAAGCUGAUGGACACAGGCACCUUCAUCUGCAACGCCCUGAACAGGAAAACCAAUUCCAAGGUGUCUCAGGCCUGCUGCAGACUGUGACACUGAGGGGAAUUUCUCCUUGGAUCAAGAAGAAGCCGAGGGUCCAGCGCUGCCUGGGAUUCCUCUCUGAUCUCCUGAGCUCCUCCCCGGCUCAGCGUUUGAGAGGAAGCUCAGAAUCCACCGGAAUGAUGAAGAAAUGAGAGAAUAUUCUGUUAUAUUGUGUUAUAUUGGACCUUGAGGGUGUCACCGUGGUGCCUUAGAGAAGGGAGGGGCUGAGGAAAGCCCUGCCCAGCACCAGCAGCUCCUGCCUGCAGAGCAGGGACAGCCCGCGGGUUUUGCUGAGUGCUCCAGGUCGGGCUUUGCCCUUGUCCCUGCUCUGCCCUUGUGCAAAGGCUGAGCCCAAAUCCUCCCCUCUGCUCAGCCUCCAGGGGCCGCUUCUGCACUCUGUAUCUGUUGUAAGAUACCUCGAAAUAGCAGGAGGAAUAAUCACAUUAUUUAAUAGUCUAAACUAUGAAAAAUUUGAUUCAGCUGAAGCAGCUAAGGAGCUUUUGAUGCUGGUUUGGUUCCAAGUGCCUCUUGUACGUGGAAACUGCAUCAUCAUGGGCUGAGGGGGUGUGAAACACCCCUGCUCCUCCGGUCCUUGGGAACCGCCCCCAGCCCUGCUAUUUAAAAUAAUUUAAUAAACAGUUUAUUUGUGAGA